AUGAAGCGAACAGGGGGGGGGGAGGAGAGGGCUGGACGUAUCCCCUUUUACGUCCUUGUCAUGAUGAGGGCUGAAUUCGAGUCUUAUACAUUCGAAAACUGCCUGCUCAUUACGCAAUCUAUGUAUAAUUUGUUUAAGUUGAACGGCUUGAGACAUGGCGAACAAAUCACUACCAGUUCAACGUCAUGUAACAGUAAGAAGUUGGAAGUAAUCAGCGCUGAGACUCCACUACGAGAAAGAGCGUUGUGCAAAUUCGAAUAUAUUCUCAACUACAAUCCAAGACGACUACCAGCAGCCUUAACAGAAGUGAAAUGUAGCUGUCAUCGGUCAAAUUCAAGACUGGUUGGCAAGCGAGUAUUCGAAUGCGAACAUUUACGAUAUCAAGUUCGAGUAUUAUUGUUUGACGAAACUUGCAAUACGUUUCGAGAGCAUACAGAAACCAUCGCCCUGGCCUGUAUACCAGUCAUACAGGUAUGCUAA